UGCGCGCGGCAGUGCGAGUGAUGUAUCCAUGAAGUCGUUACUACAAAGAUGGCGGAUUUCCUGCCCUCCCGGACUGCUAUAGUUUGUAUUCCCAAUUGUCUUCUCUCCAGCGGCGAAAUUGAUCAAAUUAGAAAGUCUAAAGAGAUCGACAAAAGCCUGUCUCGAGAGAAGACUUAUGUGAAGAAACUGGUGAAGAUCUUGCUGUUAGGAGCAGGCGAAAGUGGCAAGUCAACUUUCCUCAAACAAAUGCGCAUAAUUCAUGGGCAGGACUUCGAUCAGCGGGCCAAAGAAGAGUUCCGGGCUACAAUCUACAGCAAUGUUAUCAAAGGUAUCCGGGUGCUAGUGGAUGCCCGUGAGAAGCUGCACAUCCCUUGGGGAGACCCUGAGAAUCAGGUUCACGGGGAGAUGGUGAUGGCCUUUGACACCCGCUCAUCCUUGAUGGCCAAAGGGAUGGUGGAGACCAAAGUCUUUCUAAACUACCUGCCCGCCAUCCGUGCCCUGUGGAAAGACACUGGCAUUCAGAAUGCUUAUGACAGACGAAGAGAGUUUCAGCUGGGUGAAUCUGUGAAAUAUUUCCUGGACAAUGUGGAUAAACUUGGACAAUCGGACUACUUGCCCAGCCAAAAGGAUAUACUGCUGGCACGAAAGCCCACCAAGGGUAUUCACGAGUACAACUUUGAGAUCAAGAAUGUACCUUUCACGAUGGUGGAUGUGGGUGGGCAGCGGUCGGAGCGCAAGCGAUGGUUCGAGUGCUUUGACUCGGUGACCUCCAUCCUCUUCCUAGUUUCGUCCAGCGAGUACGAUCAGGUGCUCAUGGAAGACCGUCAGACCAACAGGCUCACGGAGUCGCUCAAUAUCUUCGAGACUAUCGUCAACAACCGUGUCUUUGCCAAUGUCUCCAUCAUUCUCUUCCUCAAUAAGACAGACUUGCUGGAAGAUAAAGUCAAGAAUGUGAACAUCAAGGACUACUUCCCCGAGUUCACAGGGGAGCCCCACGAUCUGCAGGAUGUGCAGAAGUUCCUGGUCGAGUGCUUCCGUAACAAGCGCCGAGAACAGCAGCAGAAGCCUCUUUACCAUCACUUCACCACCGCCAUCAACACAGAGAACAUUCGUCUCGUCUUCCGUGAUGUCAAAGACACCAUCUUGCACGACAACCUCAAACAGCUUAUGUUACAAUGAAAGGCACUGAUUGGCCUUUAAGAACAUUCCAUUUUAAUUAGGUUUUUACUUUAUUUAAUACAAAGUAGAAGUGGUUCAAUACAUAUUGUGGUUGAAGAAAAAUGGAUAGGAUAACUAUGCAAACAUUUUCUUUUUUGCAUAAUAUUACGUCAUAUAUAUGCAAAGAUUUUGAUAUAAAAGCAACCUUUUUCAGCUGCUUGUAGCCAUAUCAAAUAUGCCAAGGAAUGGUCCUCAGUUAUUCACCAAAAUGCUGUAAUUGUGAUCAUUUACUGUAUGUUUAUGAGCACAUAGUUUCGUGUAAUGGAACAGUCAACACUCCUGUAGCCCCUAGGCUUAACACCUAGUUUUGGAUAAAGCUUUUUUCAAAAAUAAAUGUUAGAACUCAGGGCUAUUUAAUUCAAAGAGCUCUUCUCUACCAGUGAGUCUGGUUAUAUUCUUAAAGGCCCCAUUGUCUUUUUUUUUCUUCACUGCCUUUGUCUUCCCACACUCAAAAUGCCUUUUUUGUUGCACUCAGAUCAUGACAGUAAAGUAGUACAAUUAAGGUACUUUUGUAUGAAGUACUUAUUUGUCAUUUAUAUGUAAAGGGAAAGUGUCUUUGCCGUUCAAGCCUGUACAGAGUCUCUGUACAUACAAUUUUUUUUAUUUUAUUUUUUUUUACUCUGACAGUUUUUUUUUUCCUCCCAAGCUUUAUAUUUUACACACUAAAGUAAUACCAUACUUUUACCAUAUUUUUCUAAAAGCCCUGAAAAUUUGAAAUUAGAUUUAUUAGAUAUAAAAAAACAGAAAGUGGCCUUGUGUCUUUGCUCCUGUGUAGGUUAAAGUGGACAGCUUUAGCUCAGGGUUUUAUAAAAUAACUGUUAAAGCAGUCCAGGUGCCUUUCUGUGUAUUGGUUACUACAGACAUUAGGUUUUUUUUUUUUUUUACAGGCCAAAUAAAGUCGGUCUUAAAUGUCUGUAGAUAAACCAAAGCUGAUUUGCUAAGACAAAUAGAAAUGUGUUGAUGGAGAGACUAAGUCUUAAUGUAAUCUUAAUGAAAACAAGCACUGUAAUCUGACUGUUGGUAGGAAAUUAUAUUUACUGAUUGCCUGAAUUAAGGUCUUUAUGUAUAAAAUCUGUAAAGGAAUUUGCUUAUACAAUGCUGUGUAUCUUUGUCAUGGCCAUAAUCACUUGCUUUUUGUAUAGUGUUUUCUUAAUGUUUUUUGUUGAUCACGUUUGUCUAAUUCUGUUUAUUAAAUCUGAUUAUUUUACCAGAAUGGUUGUAUAUUCUUUUUUCUGGUGACUGAAUAAAAGAGGUUAUGUCGACCAGCAUCCCACUAA